GCCUAGAUUGCCUCGCCAACCCCCUGCGCCCUCCCUAUGCACCUACAGACUGGUGCAUAGUACUUUUAAAACAUCUGCGAGGACGACGUCUUUCUGCGAGCCUGAGGAAGGGGCAAAACCAGGGGAAGAGCCGCCGCCGCGCCGCCAUUGCUCUCCAACGCCAGCACCACCUCUCACUCGCCGAGCUCCAGCCGAAGGAGAAGGUGGGUAAGUAAGGAUGUCUCUGUACCAUGGCUCAUACAAAGCAGACUGCCCGCAAAUCGACCGGUGGUAAAGCACCCAGGAAGCAACUGGCUACAAAAGCCGCUCGUAAGAGUGCGCCCUCUACUGGAGGGGUGAAGAAACCUCAUCGUUACAGGCCUGGUACUGUGGCGCUCCGUGAAAUUAGAAGUUAUCAGAAGUCCACUGAACUUCCGAUUCGCAAACUUCCCUUCCAGCGUCUGGUGCUAGAAAUUGCUCAGGACUUUAAAACAGAUCUACGCUUCCAGAGCGCAGCUAUAGGUGCUUUGCAGGAGGCAAGUGAGGCCUAUCUGGUUGGCCUUUUUGAAGACACCAACCUGUGUGCUAUCCAUGCCAAACCUGUAACAAUUAUGCCAAAAGACGUCCAGCUAGCACGCCGCAUACGUGGAGAACAUGCUUAAGAAUCCACUAUGUUGGAAAACAUUUCAUUCUCAAAAAAAAAAAAAAAAAAUUCUUCCUGUUAUUGGUAGUUCUGAACGUUUUUUUUUCCAUGGGGUCAAAAGGUACCUAAGUAUAUAACUGCGAGUGGAAAAAUAGGGGACAGAAAUCAGGUAUUGGCAGUUUUUCCAUUUUCAUUUGUGUGUGAAUUUUUAAUAUAAAUGCAGAAGCAUAAAGCAUUAAUGCAAGUUAAAAUGUUUCAGUGAACAAGUUUCAGCGGUUCAACUUUAUAAUAAUUAUAAAUAAACCUGUUAAAUUUUUCUGGA